UGUGAAGCCGCCGCGCCAGCGCAGAGAGGCACGGAGACGCAGCUGAGAGCAUCAAGGCGACUUCAUCUGGAAACAAAUCAAUACAAAAACCUGCAAAACAGGGACAACACGGCGGGAAAAAGACACAAGAGGAGGUAUUUUGUGCACGGACAUAAAAUGAAAGGGUUACCUGGCUGUUUUUUGGAUUUGGAGUCUUUUAUUACACGGCUGCGACUUUGACACAAGAGUUGCGCAGGCAGGCACAGUCUCUAGGAGUUGUCUGUUGGAGGAAUUUCAGGCUCCCAGAAUCAAACUUGAGUUGAACAUCCAAGAACCGCUCAGGGAGUAACUACCUACUGCUUCCAUUGGAAAGAAACACAAAAGCACCACUGCCACCAUGGACGAGGAACAGUGCUACUACAAUGAGACCAUCGCCUUCUUCUACAACCGCAGCGGCAAGUACCUCGCUACUGACUGGAACGCCGUCAGCAGGCUGGUGAUGGGGCUGGGCAUCACCGUGUGCAUCUUCAUCAUGCUCGCCAACCUUCUGGUGAUGAUCGCCAUCUACGUCAACAGGAGGUUCCACUUCCCCAUCUACUACCUGAUGGCCAACCUGGCAGCUGCUGACUUCUUUGCUGGACUGGCCUACUUCUACUUGAUGUUCAACACGGGACCCAACACCAGGCGUCUGACUGUUUCCACGUGGCUUCUGCGCCAGGGCUUGAUAGAUACCAGCCUGACAGCGUCCGUGGCUAACCUGCUCGCCAUCGCCAUUGAGCGCCACAUUACGGUGUUCCGCAUGCAGCUACACACGCGCAUGAGUAACCGGCGUGUUGUCGUGGUGAUUGUCAUAAUCUGGACCAUGUCCAUCGUCAUGGGGGCCAUCCCCAGCGUCGGCUGGAACUGUAUCUGUAGCAUUAGGUCUUGUUCCAAUAUGGCGCCGCUUUACAGCAACUCCUACUUGAUCUUCUGGGCAGUGUUUAAUCUGGUGACUUUUGUUGUCAUGGUGACGCUAUAUGCCCACAUCUUUGUCUACGUACGCCAGAGGACCAUGAGGAUGUCGCGGCACAGCUCUGGACCACGACGCAACCGAGAUACCAUGAUGUCUCUGCUGAAAACCGUGGUGAUUGUGUUAGGUGCCUUCAUCAUCUGCUGGACCCCCGGCCUCGUCAUCCUCCUCCUCGACGUCUUCUGCGCCAGCUGCAACGUCCUCACCUACGAGAAGUUCUUCCUGCUUCUCGCCGAAUUCAACUCGGCCAUGAACCCCAUCAUCUACUCGUACCGCGACAAGGAGAUGAGCGCCACCUUCAGGCAGAUACUCUGCUGUCAGCGGCAGGAGAACGUCAACGGGACGGUGGCGGAGGGAUCCGACCGCUCGGCGUCUUCCAUCAACCACACGGUGCUGAGCGGCGGUCUGCACGGCCACCACCACCACAACGAACACUCGGUGGUAUAAAGGAGCGCUGAAGGGUUCAACCAACUGUUUGAAGGGGUUGAUCUGUUUAUUUGGAGAUACUGACUGAAAGAAGGCAGCACGGGACGGUCAAGAGGGACAUGAAUGGUAUGAACUACAGACAGAAACGUGGUGAAGUGAAGAGAAAGAAAAGAAAGAUGGAGAAGAAAAGAUGAUAUGAAGAAAAGGAAGAUGACAAGACUUUCUCGCUGUGUGGAGUCUCAUCUUCAAGGACUCUGAUAGGCUGUUAGUAUUUUUGUUUUAGUUGUUUAUUGUUUUCUAAUUUUUUUUUAAAUGUGUUGUUAUGGACAACGCUGAUAUGAACUAUUUAAAAGUAAUCUGUGAAAUGAAGGUAAUGCCAGUACUCUAACUUUUUAUCCUGUAGUUGUGGGUUUCAGACUUUUUCCCUUCGAUCCAGAUUCUUAUGAAAGGUCUCAUAAUAUCAUGCACCAAUCAUGUCUUCAAAAAAUGAUGUUCCCAUUCAACUUAAUUGCUUUUUCAUUGAUAUACACCAUGGUUACUUUACACAAAACUGCUUUGUUAGGUUUAG